UGUGCUGUGAUCUUGUUCAUGUUUCUUUUUGUGAUCUUAGCAUAUCUAUUGUGGGAGCAAGUGAAGAAGUAGGCAACCCAUCUGAUAAAGAACAGAGAAUAAUACAUGAUUGGGUCACUUAUACCUGCUCUUUUCCAUUAUAAAUCUGUAACAUUCUUCUGUUCAUGAACUUUCAAGAAUGAAAAGAAGCUUAGAAUUUGAUUCUUGAAAGCUCCAUCUCUUCACCAUUUGUGGUUGAUUUUGUUUCAAGCAAAGCAUAAGAAAGUAGACACUUGAUUCUCUUGCAAAGGGAAUCAGUCCAUUGCUAAAAGUAUCAUAAUCCCAGUUUAGAGUAAAAAAAAUGUCAUCAACGAUGAGGGAAACGUCGAGAUUAGCUGAGGCCUCGAUCAACGGCAUCGUUCGACGAAUGGUUAAUCUUCCCAGAAGUAUAUUAGGAGGAUUUUCAAGAGUUAUGGGUGGAGGUAGAAGAAGCCAGACACUGCCAUCCAGUUAUCAAUAUCAGAUUCUAGAGCAGGACGUACAAAACGUCCCGGAAGAAUGGUCUUUCCUGACCAGUUUCGAGUAUCAGUAUGGCUCGAUGCAUCCUUUCUUUUACGCUUGUCGAUUUGCAGAAGCUAUGAAGAUAGCAGAAGAUGAUCACAAGUUCUUGUUCUUGUAUCUACAUUCACCAGAUCACCCAUUUACUCCCUCUUUCUGCGAGGAGACACUGCGUUCAGAGCUAGUAGUGCAGUUUCUUGAUGCUAACUUCAUCUCUUGGGGAGCACUUGCCAACAGAGGAGAUGGCCUACAAAUGGCUACAACAUUGGGAGCUACCAACUACCCUUUCUGUGCUGUAAUUGCUCCAGCUCGGGGCGAAAGCAUAACAGUCCUGCAACAGCUUGAAGGGCCAGUUUCUCCAGCUGAGCUGGUGGAGAUUCUACAGAGGACAAUGGAGGAUCAGGGAUCAGCUUUUGGUUGCUCCAAACUAAAGCGAGACGAAAAGAUAAGAGCCGAUCGCAGGCUUCGAGAAGAACAAGACAGAGCAUAUCAUGCAGCUCUUCAAGAAGACAAGGAGAGGGAAAGACUUAAAAAUCGACCUCGGGCGAUACCGAAGAAAGCACACGAAGAGAGGCUCAAGCAGAAUUCUCCAAACAAGGAUCCUGCAAGUAAAGCAAAGGAUUCUCAGCCUAGCUCCCAGAUACUAAUAAGGUUUCCAAACGGUGAAAGGAGGGAGAAAAGCUUUUCAAGCAUGGACAAGGUGAAGUCGAUUUACAGCUAUAUCGACUCGCUCGGCCUGCCAGGUACUGAAAACUACAGAUUGAUAGCAAGCUUUCCAAGAAGAGUAUAUGGUAUGGAUGAGAUGAAUAUGACACUGAAAGAUGCUGGCCUCCACCCAAGAGCAAGCCUGUUCCUCGAGCGUCAGUGAUGCCAUUUACUUUCAUGAUCACCAUAGCUUGGCAAUGAUAAGACCUGUAGUUAUCUUCUGUUUAGCAGCUACUUUGUUUGAGAUAAACAAAUCUGAUAUCUUAUGCAGCAUAUACAACAAGCAAGCCUUAUUGAACUGACUA